GUGGAGAGCUCUUCUUUCAGAUUCAGGGAGGGUCGUAGCAGCUUGCAGGCUUCUGGGAUGCUGCUAGGAUGUGUUGUGCCUGUGGAACUGCCUGCCACUAGAUUGUCGUUAAUGAAUCCUCUCUCUGUUUUUCUCCCUCCAGGGAGGCUCAAAGUCCAAAAGCCGCUCCCAGGUGACAGGCACCAUCGCACCAGCCAUGGCGAGAUCCGGUGCCUUCAUCCCUUUGCUCCUCCUCUUCCUUCUCCCUGGAGUCUCCCCCGACUGCUACACGGGCACAGCUGAGGAGUGCGAUGAGCCCAUGACCUUCGUGCCCGCGCACAGCUUGGUGGGGGAGGGCAUCGACGUGACCACGCUGGAGUGGACGGGGGCCAAUGUGGUGGACACCAGCUUGUGGCGUCGCCCAAAUGGCACCUGCACCCUGUGCGAGAACCGGCUGCAGGGGAGACAGCACCAGAGGCUGCCGCUGGCCGUGGUGGACUGGAGGGUCCACAUCUCGUGCAACCGGGACCUCAGCAGCUCAGUGGAAGAGUCAGCCGCAGCAGUGGGCCGGGCACUGGCGUUGGAUGUGAACAAUGACUGGAUGUCAGAGCUGGAGCUGCGAGAGGAGUCCCAUGGCCUGGCCUUGGGGGGGUCCAAAUCCCAGCUCACCAGCUACGCUUACCAGAAGGAGCUGCAGGACAAGUACAUGUUCGUGCGCCAAGAGAUACCCUGCGUGUAUUACAGGCUGAGUCUCGCUCAAGACCCCCCACUGAUGCCCCAGUUCUUCUGGACCCUGAGAAGUCUCCCACCCGGCUACAACUCAUCCAUAUACUGGCCCUUCCUGGCCAAGUAUGGUACCCACUAUGUGAGGCAGGCAGACCUGGGGGGGCAGGUGCGGCAGCUGACGGCCGUCCAGACCUGCCGGGCAGUGCUGGAUGGGCUGACAGCCACCGAAAUCAAGGCGCGCCUGGGCUCCCAGUUCUUGCAAGACCUGGGCUUGAGCCCGCUCUCCUCCAGCGCCCAGUCCAGCAACGAGAGCAACCAGGGCUGGGGGAGCUCCCAGGUGCCCUACAUGGAGAAGCGCAUCCAGGUGACGGGUGGCAAGAGCGACUCCAACCAGCUCUUCUCCACUGAGCAAAAUGCCAGCUCCUUCUCGACCUGGAUGGAGAGCCUCAGAGCCAGCCCCGACCUGGUCUCCUACUCUCUGAUGCCCAUCCACGCCCUGGUGAGACCGGGCGACCCCAGGCGGGAGGCGCUGAGGCAGGCAGUGAAGGAGUACGUGGCUGAGCGGGGGCACAAGAAAAGUUGCCCUCGUAGCUGCCCAAAAGGGGGCCAGGCCGACGCCUCGGACCCCUGCAAAUGCUACUGCUCCGGCAACCCCCUCACCAACUCCAUGUGCUGUUCACUUCAGCGGGGCACGGCCCGGCUGAAGGUCCAUGUGCUGUGGGGCACAGACCUGUGGGGAGACACCGUGACCGACACCGACGCCUACGUCAAGUUCUCGUUCCAAGGCCAGCAGCUGCAGACGGGCCAAGUUAAGGAAGAUAACCACCCCAUCUGGAGAGAAGACCUGGACUUCGGGCCAGUGACGCUGCCAGAGCUGCCCAAACUGGAAAUGGAGGUGUGGGACGAGGACCUACUGGAGGACGACCUCCUGGGCAGGUGCUACACCUACCUCAAGGUCGGCAAGAAUGUCAAGCUCACCUGCAGCCUUGAACACGGCCACUUCAAGUUUUCCUACACCCUGGAGUGCGGGCCCAACCUGGGGGGCAACAACUGCCAUGAAUACGUGCCUGUGAGAGGCGAGAACUGA